CGUUAUACCCGUGAAUUUCGUGUAAACGUAUUUUCGCUUGGGAGAAUUUUAACAAAUAGACUCGAAGCCGAAGAAAAAACUACGUAAAUAUUUUAACGACUGUGUAAACCUAAAGUGAACAAAAUGAACAUAAAUAUUCUUGUAAUGUUUGCUGUGAUGAUACAUAGAUCUAUGCAGCUAGACUAUGAGUGCGAUUUCCAUGGGUCAAUAGACAUAACAAACCCCGACAAGACGAAAUUUAAAACUUUUGACCUAAGAAAGGGAGAUGACAACGCCGAUUGCCGUGGAGACUUUACCGAAGAUUAUUCACACGUUCUUUUGAGAAACUGCACUGUAGGAAAGCAUUUAACUAUCCUCUUCCUGACUAGAAGAGUUGGUAUCCUAAUGCUUGGGAAUUUUGCUGGUCCCUUCACCGUUCAAUGUCAUGACAUACCAACCAAUGAUGUGUUAGCUGUUAUUGUCUCAAAUUAUCUUACAGGGAAUAACAUUCCUGUACCAACGGAUUUGAAGGAAAUACUAAAUGGUUCGACGAUAGUCACGAAAAUGAGACAUAUAUCACAAACUUCCGUUUAUUCAAAUGAUCUAACUUUCCAGUGGGUUCUUAACACAACAGUUUUACUACAAUUACUGGAGCAGCAAGAGAAUGCCAACGGAAGUACGACUUUGGGGCCUGCAGAAACAACACAUCCUCCCGGGCCUACAAUAGAGAUCGUGGAAAAUUCAACCACACAGUCAUCUGCUACUACAAGUGCCGAAAUACCUUCCGAUAAUAUAGUCACUGCAGAAUCUAAUACCUUUACCGAAUCUACAAUUGGUCCACUCCCUACGAUAUCUCCUAUCGGUGAUGAUACAUCAAACGUUACUUCGGCGACUACAAAUCAAACUACAAAUGAACAAACUCCAACAAUCCUGGAAAUCAUGUCUUCUGAUGAAGCAUCUCCAACGUCAACGAAAUCACCUACAGAUAACAAGGCAUCUGAUACAAGUACAACUGUUGUAUAAGUCUAUUAUUGACGAAACAUCAACUGUUAAAUAAACUAAUAUUUUAUGAGAAUACUGGAGUUAUUGAAUAAAACACAGUUAUGCAUGA